AUUUUUGUUCUUCGGUAGAACGCACCAUACUAAUAUAGGUCACCUCACUCUAUUUCGAAAAUGGCUGGACUACUAAGAAAUGUCAAUCUUCUUCGCCGGGCGUGUCAUCACGCAACUAGACGAUGCUACGCUACAGGAUCCAAUACUGUUGACAAAAAUGUUUAUCGACAAUGAAUUUGUGGAAUCUGAGACCAAUGAAUGGAUUGAUCUUCCCAACCCGGCUACAAAUGAGAUUAUCACAAGAGUACCAAAAUGUACCCAGGCCGAAAUGCAACGCGCUGUAGAGUCGUGUGAAAGGGCAUUUGAACAAUGGUCAACCACAACUGUGCUAACCCGACAGCAGCACAUGUUUAAAUUACAACAACUUUUACGAGAGAAUAUGAAGAAAAUUGCUGCAAAUAUAACCGAGGAACAGGGCAAAACGUUAGUCGAUGCCGAAGGGGAUGUGUUGAGAGGAUUACAAGUUGUUGAGCAUUGUUGUUCCAUUACUUCAUUGCAGCUGGGAGAGACACUUCCCGGUGUUGCUAAGGACAUGGACAUCGUUUCAUACCGCCUACCACUUGGUGUAACAGCUGGAAUAACACCUUUCAAUUUCCCUGCUAUGAUCCCGUUAUGGAUGUUUCCAAUGGCUCUUGUCACCGGAAACACCAUGCUGCUAAAGCCCUCUGAAAGAGAUCCUGGAGCAACAAUGAUGAUUAUGGAUCUGGUAAGAGAAGCAGGAUUUCCUGCUGGUACUGUUAACGUUAUACAUGGUGCACAUGACGCUGUAAACUUUGUUUGUGAUAAUCCUCUUAUUCGCGCAAUAUCCUUUGUUGGUUCUGACCAAGCUGGAACUUAUAUCUACAAUAGAGGGUCAAAGAAUGGAAAGCGAGUUCAAAGUAAUAUGGGUGCAAAAAAUCAUGGUGUUAUUAUGCCAGAUGCCAAUAAAGAAGCCACUUUGAAUGCUUUGGCGGGUGCGGCUUUUGGUGCUGCCGGACAAAGAUGCAUGGCUUUAACAACUGUUGUUUGGGUUGGUGAGAGUAAGGAGUGGAUACCAGAGUUGAUUGAAAGAGCAAAGAAAUUGAAAGUUAACGUUGGAACUGAUCCUAAGGCCGAUCUUGGUCCUUUAAUCUCCCCACAAGCCAAAGAAAGAGUGGAAAAACUUAUUGAAUCUGGUCAAAAGGAUGGCUGUAAAGUCCUAUUGGACGGUAGAGGAGUUAAGGUAGAAGGUUACGAAAAGGGCAAUUUUGUUGGACCUACUGUUUUACACGGUGUGCAACCCAACAUGGAAUGUUAUAAAGAAGAAAUCUUUGGCCCUGUACUUUGUUCAAUGGAGGCUGAUACACUUGAUGAUGCCAUUAAUCUUAUUAAUGGAAAUCCUUAUGGAAACGGUACCGCCAUUUUUACAACAAAUGGAGCUACUGCUCAUAAAUAUACACAAAAAAUUGAUGUUGGUCAAGUAGGAAUCAAUGUCCCAAUUCCAGUGCCAUUGCCUAUGUUUUCAUUUACUGGCUCAAGGGGCUCUUUCAGAGGAGAUACGCACUUUUACGGAAAACAAGGAAUCCAAUUCUACACGCAAGUUAAAACCGUUACACAAUUAUGGAGAGGCGAGGACGUUUCACACUCCACAGCCUCCACAGCUAUGCCUGUUAUGCGCUAA